UUCUCUCUCUCUCCUACACGUCGCGUGCCCCAAGGCGAUUGUCCUUGAUAUAAAGACAUAGACCGCAUCGAAUAUCGCCACAGCCAGAUAAACGAUCCAUAGGACUCAGCUUUUUUGGCUACGGAGCGCCAACGCGACCGCCGUGUCUGACUGGCGUCAGGCCAUCUGCACUUCCAUCUCGAAGCUCGAGUCUCGCAUCCUCAGAUCGCGGUUCCAUUAUCAACUCGCAACACCCGAAACAAUGUCUCGUGCAGGCGGCACCAGCACCAUCUCGGUGCGCCAUGCCUCCAGCUCCUCCGCCUCUUUCGUCUCCGCCCCUCUCCCGCCCGCAGACCAGGACGAAGCUUGUCCCGUGUGCAAAACCACACGCUACUUCAACAAGGACAUGGAGUUCAAAAUCAAUACCGAGUGCUACCACCGCAUGUGCAAGACGUGCGUUGAGCGAAUCUUCAAGGACGGUCCGAAUCAGUGCCCUUAUGCGGGCUGUCACAAGACGCUCCGCUUAAGAGGCUUCAAGACGGCCUUCUUCGGAGACUUGGGCGUCGAGCGGGAGGUGGACAUUAGGAGGAGGGUGGCAGCCGUGUUCAACAAGGCCGAAGACGACUUUGAGAGCCUGGACGCGUACAAUGACUAUCUUUACAUGGUGGAAUGCCUCACCGACGACCUUGUCAACGGAAACGACGAGGCUCGCAAGAAGGCCGAAGUCCAGCUCUCCGAAUGGGAGGCCCAGCACAAAGCCGAGAUUGAGCGCAACCGCAAACUCGCCCGCGAAUCCGACGAAUCACGGCAGAAACGUCUCGCCCUGGAACAAGAGGCUGCUCGACAACGCCGUAUCCAGGAACUGCAGGAGGAUGCCGACGAGAGAGCCAAUGCCGCGCGGUUCCGGGAGGAGAUGCUCAAUUCCCUGCAGAACGCAGAGCUUGGCCAUGCUGAAGAGACGGUCGAUCGGAUCUUGCUCAAGAAACGAGGACAGCAGAAGCGCGAUGCUACGCUGGAUGCCGUUGCGACGCUGGGAGGCGGCUUGUCGAUUCGUGGUCUGAGAGAGAAGCGUACUGCCGUGUUGGAUGAUAAACCCUACGAUCCGUUUGGCGGUCUGGAUCUCGCCCCUCAAAGAGUCGAUUUGGGAAGCGAGAACCUAUCGCAGUACAAGAGCGAGUGGCUCGACAUUACGCGCACUAAGGAGGAUUACAUUGUGGGCGGAUACAGCUCCGAGGAGUACCUUACGAGGGCUCUGUUCGAAGCAUUCUCUGGUCUAGGCGUGUUUGUUGCUGAAGACAAGGAUAUUAGAGAGGAAGCAACUGUGGCAGCUUCUUUGGAGGCUGGUGCGGCGGUGCCAGUGGGUAGGAAGAUGGACGUGGAUGAUCCAUUUUGAAGAACGAAUUCUUGACAGCUGUCCCUUAUCGGGAUUGAGAACAUCUCGACAUUGCAAGAUAUCGGGUUUUAAAUUACUCACUCGAUCUUCACUAGAGUAUAAAUGUUUUUGCAUUUCAAGGCGUUAGCGGGGGGUCAUGUGUUGAAAUUAUAACAAGGCGAUAUGGGUAGGCGUUUAGAACUUGGAGGAUUUUUGUUUUGUUGAUAUUUCUUUCUUUUUAUUAAUCAAGAUCGAUACCAUGACAUAUUAUUCUAGGCUAGAUAUACAGGCAGUUUGUUCAACAAGAAAUGGCCAUCCAGCAUCUCAAGUUUU